ACUUCCUGCUCAGCUGUUUCCUCUGAGCUCUUCUCUCUAUGGAUGUAGAACAACAGGAGAGGUUUCAUGGAGGUAGAGGGAGGAAGAGAAGAAGAGGUGAUUCAUCCAUCUCUGGCUGUCUCAAAACCGCAGUGCCUACCAGAUUGUCGCACCAUUAGAAGCUAGGGUGCUCUACAGACAGACAGAUGGCUGAAAGUGGAAAAGAAAAAAUAAAAUGGACAACCACCAUUAUUAUUAGCUCAUCUCUUAAGAGUUAUGAAGUUGCAACUGCCCUAGAAAAUCGAAGCCACAAAGUUCGAUAUUCAGAUUCAGUGGAAAAUGGAUCAAUUAUAUUUUCUCUUUCUGGAGUUGCAUUUUUAUUAAUGGAUACUAAGGAAUGUAUUCUGUCAACCGAAGAAACAUUGCUAGCCAAAAUUGAGAAAUUUAUUAACAUUCACCAAAAUAGUUUUUUGGUUUUGUCUGCUGCCCUCCAUGGGCCUGAAGAAUGGAAACUGAUGUUCAGAAUUCAGCAGAGAUUCCUGGGUCGUAACUUACGAAUACUUCCAGUACACAACACAGUAAAUGCUAUUAAUCUUAUGUGCACUAUAGCAAAGACUACCUCCAAACCAUACAUAGAUAGCAUUUGCUACAGAAUGAUAACAGCUAAAGCUUACAUCAUUGAGCAAAGUCCUGUUUGGAAAACACUUCAGAAGAUACAACUGAAUAGUGAUUCAGUUAACCCAAAUUAGACUACCAACUUAAUGCUCUUCUCAAAGAAUGUGAAAAUAAUUAGAACUGUUAAAUUAUAAUCAAAUAUCUAAAGACAUUUAUAUUAAUUUGAAAUAACAUGUAUACAAUUAAAAGUGAUUUUAUUUUA